AUGAGGAGCUCACUCACCGAUGAAAUUAAAAAACAAAUUAAAGAAAAGUGGAAGGAAGCAUUUAAAUUGAGUGUAGAAUUUAAUUCCGAUAGGGCCAUUCAUGAGGAUCAAUCAUUGAAAUAUUUACAUACUAAGAAAAAUGUGGCAGUCUAUACAAGUCAUGAUCAACAUCGAUUUGAUGGACUCUACGUCAUUCGAGGAGACAUUCUCGUAGAAUCUUGCACAGCAGAGGAAUAUCGAAAACCUUUUCUUUCAUUGGAUCUCGAGAUCAAACGCGUAAUGGAUCCUCUCACGAAACGAAAUGAAACCAUUGAAUCAUGGACCGAUGAGGAUGGAACUUUUCUCAUUCAAUACUUUUUAAUUGAAACAGGUCCGUUUGUUUCAGAUCGAGAUUUUAUUUAUGUGUUGAAAGUUGUGGAGACUUCUCCGAGUGAGAGUUAUGUGGUCUUGACAAGUAUUGAUAAGAUUUAUACACCUCCUGAACAUUUUGAAAUUGAUAAGUCAGCAGUGAGAGCGAAUAAUAUCUUUGUGUCACAACGAUACGAACAGUUGGAGAAUGGAGAUUUGAAAGUGAGCUACUCGACUCUAUCAAAUCCCUGCGGUUGGAUACCCAAUAGUUUGACGAAUAUGUUUCUGCAUGCACAACCCAUGAAAAUGUUAGAUAUUGCAAGAUUGGCUGGAAAGAAUGUGAAGGGGCAUGAGCCACAUGUGAAACGGCAUCAAUAA